ACUCUCGCGAUACUUCAGGAUCUAUCGGAGGAGCUGAGUUGGAGGGAUCAUGGCGGAGCGCAGGAGGCACAAGAAACGGAUCCAGGAGGUGAGCGAGCCCACCAAGGAGGAGAAGGCGGUGGCCAAAUACCUCCGGUUCAACUGCCCCACCAAGUCCACGAACAUGAUGGGCCACCGCGUCGACUACUUCAUUGCCUCCAAGGCGGUGGACUGUCUGCUGGACUCCAAGUGGGCCAAGGCUAAGAAGGGAGAGGAGGCGCUGUUCACCACCAGGGAGUCUGUGGUUGAUUACUGCAACAGACUCCUAAAGAAGCAGUUCUUCCAUCGGGCUCUCAAAGUGAUGAAGAAAAAACCUGAAAAAGACACCAAGAAAGAGAAGGAGAAGGAGAAAGAAAAGGAAAAAGAGAAAGAGAAGGCAAAAAGUGACAGCAGCAAAGAGGAGGAGAAAAAAGGGAAGAAGGAGAAAGACAAGAAGAAAGAGCCUGAAGCAGCUGAAACUAAGAAAGAGAAGAGUGAUGACAGUCCUGGAACCCCCAAGAAGAAGAAAGAGGUGAAGAAGAAGUUUAAACUGGAGCCUCAUGAGGAUCAGCUGUUUCUAGAUGGAAAUGAGGUGUUUGUGUGGAUUUAUGAUCCUGUUCACUUCAAGACUUUUGCCAUGGGACUGAUCCUCGUCAUCGCAGUGAUUGCAGCCACGCUGUUCCCUCUGUGGCCAGCAGAAAUGCGUGUAGGAGUUUACUAUCUGAGUGUUGCAGCAGGCUGCUUCGUGGCCAGUAUAUUGCUUCUUGCUGUUGCCCGCUGCAUCCUCUUCCUGAUCAUCUGGCUGGUGACCGGCGGGCGCCACCACUUCUGGUUCCUCCCCAACCUGACGGCAGACGUGGGUUUCAUCGACUCGUUCAGGCCGCUCUACACUCACGAGUACAAAGGACCGCGAUCCAGCAACAAGAAGGGCUCGGACAAGACGGACGACAAGGACAACGGCUCCUCCACCAAGGCUCAGAAGUCGGACAGCGACGAGAAGUCAGACAGCGAGAAGAAGGACGGCGACGAGGAGGAGGAGGAGGAGGAAGAGGAAGAGAGCAAAGAGGCAGCAGCGGAGGAGGAGAGUAAAGAAGCAGAGGGGGAGGGAACAGAUCGCCACUCGGACACAGACAGCGACCGCCGGGAGGACGAGGGCUCGCAGCACAGCAACGGUAACGACUUUGAGAUGAUCACCAGGGAGGAGCUGGAGCAGCACACGGAGGAGGAAGAGGAGGAGGAGGAGGAGGAAGACGAGGAGACGCAAGAGAGGAAAGAAGAGGGUGGGAGUGAGACUAAACCCCAAACUGCUGAAACAUAAACUUCUUACAAAUCCCAUCACUCUGUACUUCUCUCUGUCCUUCCCUCCCUCCCCUCCUGUGAUCCCAGGACCCGCUCGUCCGGCCUCUCUGAGGACGAGGAGAGGCUCCAUCUCUUGUUGUUGAGAUCUUCCACUAAACAGUACCGACAGACCAGUACCGGGAUAAGACACAGCGGUGAAAAGUAAACGGCUACGACAAUAGGGAAAACAAAUUUAAACAAACAAAAAGAAGAAGCCUUAUGGUGGAUGUGAUUCCUCCCACCCAAAUGUUAUUUAUGUCCCGAUGAAAACCUGCCUGAGAAAAUCCAUCAGAACGAUAUCUCUGAUGGAGGGUUUUCAUUUCUUUGUCCUUUUUGUUUUUUUUGGUCUCUCAUUUCAUGAAGUAGCUCAAACUCAAAAUGUUUUUAUUUGUCCCCUGUCUUUGGUUACAUUGGUUUCGUAUGUGUGUGAGGUCAAAUCCAGACCUUAGAUACAGAUGAUGGAGAUGAGCUAAGCUGACCAGUAAAGAGAAGACGUGCUGGUUUCUUUGCCCCCUCCUCCUCAUCCCCCCGCCCCCACUUCUGUUGUUUCACUGUCGUCUUUGAGGUCGAUGUUGUUGGUACAAUCACGGUAGAAAGCCAGAAAGCCCCAGUUCUUUUACCAGUUUUGUUUUUUGUUUUUUUAGCGCGUUGGUGAGCCAACGCCAGCAGGAGCACGCUUCCUGUCGAACGCCAGUGAGUCUGAUCGCUUUCUCAGGCAGCCCUUAAAGCAAACUGACCAGCGUCUGUUUUGCAACCUGAACUAAGCCAGAUGGACCAAAUCCUGUAGUUUACUCGAAGGAAACCUUACAAAAAACCGACCAUAUUGUGGCUGGAUGGAGUAUUUGGAGAACAGAGUAGUACGGCUCUUUGAGGUACUUGCCAUUUUCACUAAGAAAAUAUGUUGUUUUUUUUAAUGGCUGAUGAUCAUAGUGCAAUCCUCCACACAGUCUGAAGUACUUCUAGUUCAUGUUAAAUGUGGGACUCAUCUUUAAGAGUAAAUGUGAGCAACUGGGACACAGCUGGCGUACUUAAUUUCUUUCUUUUUUUUAAAGAUUGCAGCAUUUGUUGUACAACUAAACCUAUAAAAUGUUAAGUUCACAGAUUAACUGUCUAUUUGCAAACAGAACCAGAUAUAAAGUAAAGCAAACUAGUGCCAAACACAACUAAGAAUGAUGAUACGCAUGCAGAUUUAAUACGGAGAGUUGAGUGCGAGAGCGAGGGGUUCAUUUUGUAACCGCAGUGUCAAAACUCCUCGAACCUUUCACAUCUUUGGAAAAUAAAUAAUGAAACAGCACAAUGUUGUUAGUGUGUAGCUAAACAAAGAUUUUUUGGUCUCAAUGAAACCGUUUUUAAAAAGGUGUUUGCACUAGACUCUCAUCCCAAACCAGUUGUGUGUAGUCUCACACGAGCCGCCGUGUGAAGACAGUGGGUGCUCUUCAUGAAUCCAGCUCCACUGACCAGACGAAAGCCCAGAAACCGGCGGCCCGAGGUCCAAGCUGUUCCUUCACGUUCUCUUCUGGCUAGAAAUGUCAUAGAUGCUCUUUUUAGUCAUAGCGAGGGAUUAUAUUUAAGUAUAAAAAAUAGAAAUGUAUCAUUUAUAUUUGAAUUCUAUUGAUAUAUCAAAUAUAUACUUACAGUCUAAAACCUAUAAAACAAACUUCUUUUUUUGUCCCCCUUCUUUUCUUUUGUAUUAGGAGGUAUAAUUUUUGUUUGUAAUGCUCAUUUGUGUUUUUAUACGAUCAUA